CACGCCCCUCUCACUCUGACGCAAAGUAGGAUAGACUCUGCGCGCUCUAGUUCAAUCGGGCUACACUGACCCAGACUUGGAUGACUGACUCCCGACGCCCCAACAAUGCAGACCGAGUCACAAAAGUUUGAAAUCUUAUCUUUGCGCACGGGGCUGGCUGUGAGGGGUCUCAGGAGUGACAGCAGCAUGGAUCAGGCUACAAGUGCUGGUUUCCUUGCAUCCCUGAGGAAAGUCAUUUAAGAGUCAGGAGGAGACAUGAACAGCCUUGCUGCGGUGCCACAGGAGAUCAUUUAGUCUGUUCAUACUGGAUUUUAGAGCUCUGAAGGUUUGCAAGUGGAGUAUCAGUCAAGCUUAACUCUGAUUUCUGUUACAGUUCAAUAGCAGCUACUCUGAGUUUUGUUUUCUGCAACUCUUGGAUAAUCAGCCACACUGCGGAGUCACUUUUGGAGACGUUGGAUCUGAUUUACGCACGGGAUUCCUCUGACAAAUGACAGCUUCUAAGUGGUUUAUUGCUCCCUCACUUCAUCCCCUCAGCUCCCUGUAUCGCACCGACCCACCGUAUCACCAGGUUAGACGCAGGGAGUGAAAACCUCUCCGUCUCUCUCAGUGCGCCAGCGUGAGGCCACCCGGCUGAGGAUGUGGGGAAGAGGGUUCCCGAUGUCUGUCACCGCGAUUGUGACUCUCCUCCUGGUUAUUAUCGACGUGAAAGCCAGCGGGGAGUAUUGCCAUGGCUGGCGCGACUCCCAGGGCGCGUGGAAAGAAGGGUUCCAGUGUCCGGAGAAGAUCGACGGAGAGGAUGCGAUCAUCUGCUGCGGGAAAUGCGAGCUGCGCUACUGCUGCAGCAGCACGGAGGCACGGUUGGAUCAGGGGAGCUGCGAUAACGACCGGCAGGCUGAGGAGCCCGGGACAGAGAGCAAGGAGAACAAGGACUCCGGUGCAGUGCCCAUCUACGUGCCAUUCCUGAUCGUGGGCUCUGUGUUUGUAGCUUUCAUCCUGGUGGGCUCUGUGGUCGCCGUGUGCUGCUGCCGCUGCCUCCGGCCCAAACAGGAACUGUCAUCAGGAGGUGCGUCAGGAGGAGGGGCCGGCAGUGGUCGCCUCUUGGAAACUAUCCCCAUGAUGGCCAGCGUGGGCACCUCCAGAGGUUCAUCGUCCCGCCAGUCCAGCACGGCCACCUCGUCCAGCUCCUCCGCCCCGCCCGCUGCACCCCGUCCUGCUCCCCCUCCCCUCAUGCGGGCUCAGGCCUCCUGCUGCCUGCCCCCUGACGCCAGCGUCUUCGUCAACAUGCCCACUAACUUCUCCGUACUCAACUGCCAGCAGGCCACGCAAAUCAUGCCUCAUCAGGGACAGUUUCUGCACCCGCAGUACAUCGGCUACGCUGCUCACCCUGUGUCCCAGGCAGCCUUCCUGGACCCCACUCAGGGAGGAUACAGACCCCUCCAGUCCCCCUGCCCUCCUCCCACCGCUGGGUCCAGUGUCACCAGUGAUCAGAAAUUCCCUGCAGUGACUGUGUGAUGAGGGCCCAGCCUGCAGACCACUCUGCCACUUUGUUGUGAAGUUUAACCUGUGAGGGCUGUACCAGAGACCUUUAGGGGACGCUGCCAGAGUGGAAAAAGAAAGGCAGGGAGUCAGGCUCACAUGAAGGACUCAUAAAGCUGUUGCUGGCUCAGGGCCUGCCCUGCUAUUGUGUACGGUGUGUGUCUGUUUAGUGUGUCAUAUGAUCUCUUGGCAAGUUGGAAUGAGCUAAGCUCAGCCCGUGAUGGAUGCAUAAACAAUUUUCUGUCUUGAUGCAAAGACAAAACUGCAUAUAGGAGGGUUAUACAGCCCAGAUGGGUGAUCACGCACAGCCCACUGCAGCAGCAGCAGCAGCCUGCAGCUCAAAUAAAGACUGUGCAUGUGUUUGUGUUUGCAUGUAUGUGUAUGUGAGAGUGAGAAAAAGAUUUGUUGGCUUAUGUGUGCUGGAGUGAGUGAUGACUGGAUGAUUUAUAGCAGUGGACUGAAUGAAAAGUGGAUAUUCAAGCAAAAAAAAAAGUAAUGACCACAUGCUGUGUUUAUGCCAUGUGCACAUCUGCACUUGUGAAUAGUUGUGAGUGGUUUAUACAGUAACAUUUGUUUGUGUUGAGAGUGUGAGGAAAGAAAGCAUGUGAAAAGAUGUUUGUACUGUACAUGUGUGAGUUAGUGUGAAGUGUGGAGGGAUGUGGUCGUAUGAGUAACUGUGAGUGAACUGUGUGUAAUGGGAAAUGCAGGUGGUGUAAUGUGAAAGGCAGUCGCGAUCUCCCCUUAGACCAUUUAAACUCUAAUGAAGUGAACACAGGACAUAGACUGUGACGCUCCACCCUGCCAUACAACCUCUCCUGCCACCCAAAAAGAAAACACACAGAAAAAAAACCCCCAAACUGCUCUGAGUGAGCGGAAACACAUACAGACCCCAAAAAAAUUUAAAUAUUCAUGCAAGGCUGGCAGUUAAUGUCCCAGAGAAGUGUGAGAGGCCGUUCUCUGAAGAUUACAGAGUUAAUUAUACAGCAAAAACUGCCCCCCUUCACGUCUCUCCUGUGAGAGGUGUGUGUGUGCAUGUGUGUGUGUAUUUAACACUAACACAGUUCGGUGCGUUAGCUGAGGGCACUGGCAGCUCCAGGGCAGCUUUGACUCAUUAUUUCCCACUUAAAAACAGCAGAGAAGUGGCGGUUACUGCUCGUUAAUGUAAAAAAAAAAAAGUCAACAUUGCAUUUUUUUCUGCGUACUGUCGUGCAGCUGGGUCACUGGUAACUCAGUAACAUGCAACUUGAGGAAUGUGCUGCUCCACUGAGCGUGCAGCCUGAGAUGUCCCAGAGUACUGAAACUGGUAUGUUUGUGUGUACCUCAUCUGUGCUGCGAGCAUAAUGUCUGUAAGAUGCAGUCGGCAGCUUGUGCCUGACAAGAUAAGUAAAAUGAUGAAUGAACAUUGGUCCAAUUUGAUGCAGCAGUGACAUUUUUCAUAUGAGUUCUAAGAAAAUAAACUUUUAAACAGAAA